CUUUAUAGUACCUUUAAAGUAAUAAAACAUGUCUCAUUUUAUAUCACAUGAUUUAUGUGUAGAAUUAAAAGGAUUUAUUAGGCACAAAAUAAAAAUAAUUAGUCUGGUUAAUUUUCUUCUCCCUGCCCACUUGAGGGCAGCAAUGUACUAGUCCCCACAUUGAUUCAUUCACUUGUAAGCCCACUGCUCUCUGCUAUCACCCUCCCCAUUCUAGAUCAGUAAUAAUUACUUUACAGACAACCCCAGGAGGAGCCAGCUGAUAAUGCAUAAACAUCAGCUGAAUCUGGGUGGUCUAGGAGUCUGCACUCCCAUUAUAAACCUGUAUAAUUUUCUUCAAUUAUAAACCUGAGCAAUAAGCAUUUUGUUGGAGUAUACCUCAAGUACUUGUGGGAGUCUUUACCUGUGGAUAGUGGCCCAUGACAGGCUGCAGAACCCGCUCCAUGUCUUGUAUUGGGCAGCUCUGGUCGUAUGAAACUCCCAAAGUAAUUGUGGUGAAGAAUCGUCGCCUAGGGACCAUCUAUAGGCUUCUGCAACUUCUCAUCAUUGUGUAUUUUGUCUGGUAUGUAUUUGUGGUACAGAAGGGGUACCAAGCACAAGAAACAGGCCCAGAAAGUGCAGUCAUCACAAAGGUAAAAGGGGUCUCUACCUCCAAGGGCCCCAGAGGUAUAAAGAAGAUUUGGGAUGUAGCUGAGUAUGUGAAGCCUCCAGAGGGGGGCAGCGUUUUCACCAUUAUUACCAGGAUAGAAAGCACCAAGCUACAGACCAUGGGAACUUGCCCAGAGAGUAGGACUGUACCUAAUGCUUUGUGUGUCUCUGAUGAGGACUGUAACCGCGGAGAGAUGCAUAUACUUGGGAACGGGGAGCAGACAGGACGCUGUAUCAUUGCUGGACGUGGAUCACUUAGAACCUGUGAGAUCUUUGCCUGGUGCCCCCUGGAAGAUGAAACAGCGAUCAGUGAAUCCCUCCAGGAUUAUGUACAAAACUUUACCAUAUUAAUCAAGAACAACAUCCAUUUCCCUCAGUUUGGAUUUUCCAAGGGAAAUAUAGAGGACCAGGGCUUCCUAAGGAACUGCACUUACCACCCGGUUCUGUCUCCUUCCUGUCCCAUAUUCACUGUGGGUUUUAUUGUGAGUGAGGCUGGAGCAAAUUUCACAGAGCUGGCAAAAAAGGGGGGAAUUAUUGGAGUCAUCAUCAACUGGAACUGUAACCUGGAUUUGCACCCUUCUAAAUGCCGACCUGAAUACUCAUUUAGGCGCCUUGAUUUGCAGAAUAAAAUAUCUUCUGGAUACAAUUACAGGUUUGCCAAGUAUUACAACAACAAUGGCACAGAGACCCGGACCCUUAUUAAAGUAUAUGGGAUUCGAAUUGACGUAAUAGUGCACGGCCAGGCUGGAAAGUUUAGUCUUAUUCCCACCAUCAUUAACCUGGCCACGGCCCUAACAUCCAUUGGCGUUGGAUCUGUGCUCUGUGACUGGAUUUUACUGACCUUCAUGAACAAAGACCACACGUACAGCCUUCGCAAAUUUGAUGAGGUCUGGAAGUUGGAGGAUGGAACUACAACAGCAGUUACCACUGUCAGCUCUUUGCAGGAGUCUUCUUGUAUCCCUGGUUCUCCCUGCACCUUCGAUGAGCCUGUCUACAAGGACAAGGGCCCUGCAAUGGAAUUUACAAUCAUACAAGAUCGACUGGGGCAAGAACAUCGAGAUGGUAUAUUACCCCCACCCGGAAGCUGAUAUUUUCACUGUCCUUCUCUUAAGCCUGAAACUCAAAAUAAUAUAAAGUAAGAUCAUUAGGACAAGACUUGUGAAUAUCUGUAGUCUGUAUAACUGCAAACAGAAUAAGUGCAGAGCAGAGAAAGGGAAAUCUUAAACACUGAGUUGAAAUGAAGAGAUUUUUCCUCUAAAGUUAAUUCUAGGUCUGCAUGAACCAGCUUAAGCAAAUGGUAUUAACUGAGCUCUUACACAUGAGAUUUUUGUCCAGCCAGAGCUGUUCUGCAUUAUGAGACUACAGCUUGGCGCUACAGGUCAU